CCGGGACUCCUGCAGCCCCGCCGUGGCCUAGGUCACGGGUGCACGACCCCGCAGAUCUACACCCGCAGGGGGACUUCGCAUCCUGCUGGGCGCCUGUCUCCGGCGCUGUCCAUCCUCCAGUCCCCAGACCCGUCGUUGCUGGAGUCCUAAGGAUCCGCCUGUUGCGCGGGCUGUCGGCAGCCGAGGCAGUGUCUGGGUGCCUCGGAAAGCCGCAGGGAGGGUGUCUAGAAUCCGCUCUUGAGCGCGGGGUGGAGGACGGAUGGAGGCGGGAGAAUCGAGGAGCCGGGGAAAGGCGGCACUUCGCGGAGGGGCAUCCCUGGGGCGUUUCCUUAGCCGGGAAGCCGUUCCUUCUCUUCCUCGAGAGGAGGCGCUUUCCUGACGAACGUAAGUGCUUCCCAGGCCGCCUGCUCCGCCUUCUUCCCUGUCAUUCUCCCCUCCCCUUUGCCCUGCAGCGGUGCGAGGCGCCCCGCGACAGUUGCUGGGAAGAGCGCAGCCAGGGCCCUUGCUCUGGUGCCGCGCUGCGCCCAGGGACUGCCGGCGCGCUCCGGGUGCGAGCGGCUUGUGGCUUGCAGGGCCCGUGUUGAGUCUCCCGCAGACUGCGUUCGGAUCAGUGGUAGCGAUGGGAGUGGGAGCCUCGGGGUCGGGAACUUUCCUUUCCCGCGCCUCUCUGGGUGGCUGCCCGACUUCUGCAGGUGGAUGGGCUGGCGAGCGAAGCAGACCUGCCGGCAGGGGCCGCGGCGAGGCGGGCUGGGCGCCUUUCGCAUUGCAGGGAUCACUCCGAACCGCCACCCGCGCCGCUUCCCCGGCUCUGCCUCUUGUCGUUUGUGCCCUUGGUGUCUCCAGCGUCUCGGCGGGGGACACUGAGCCGGUAGUCUAACUGAGGCAGCCCACGACUGGGGUGGACGGCAGCCAAGACCUACCUCCACCCGCGGAAAUGGCCCUGGGGCCCUAGUCUGAUGCUGGGGCGCGGUCGUGGGGUGUUUCUCCUCGCCCUCCUGGAGAGUAGCCUCUUGAUUUUUGUCUUUCAUGUCACCCUCCGAGAGAGGAGCAGGUCUUCCUCGUCACAUGAGACUCUUCCUCUUUACUCACUGGUAUCUUGUAAAAGGAUUCAAGAGAGCAACAUAUGGUCCGUCAUCUGGGAACCCAUGUUUAGUGGAAUAUGUUGGCCUAAAGAUCAAUAAGGAACAUCACAGAUAGCCUGAUGGAGUCUUGAAGAAGCGGUGGGUGAGAGUGGUUUCCCAGCGACUGCCUUGGCCAGUAGAACCAGAGAACAGGAUUCUUCUCUUCUUUUUGGCCACUAAAUGCCUCUGUGCACCACACUUUCCAGUGAAGGAAGAAGGGCGGAGCUUCUUGGAUGACGAUGGACAUUCCACCGGGCAGGAUGAGGGCAGAGUGUGUGACAUCAACACCACAAGGGUCCAGCGUGAACUCCAUCUCCCUUCCCAGCCAGCUCUCCGCCGCCUGUAUCCACCAUGGUGUUUGGUGAGAUUUUCCAUCGCCCUGGACAAGACAAGGAACUUGUCAACUUGAACGUGGGGGGCUUUAAACAGUCCAUCGACCAGAGCACCCUCCUGCGCUUUCCUCACACCAGACUCGGGAAGCUGCUCAGCUGCCACUCGGAAGAGGCCAUCCUGGAACUGUGUGAUGACUACAGCGUGGCCGAUAAAGAGUACUAUUUUGAUCGGAACCCCUCCCUGUUCAGAUACGUUUUGAACUUUUAUUACACGGGGAAGCUGCACGUCAUGGAGGAGCUGUGCGUGUUCUCGUUCUGCCAGGAGAUCGAGUACUGGGGCAUCAACGAGCUCUUCCUCGAUUCCUGCUGCAGUAAUCGCUACCACGAGCUCAAGGAGGAAAACCACGAGAAGGACUGGGACCAGAAAAGCAACGAUGUGAGUACUGACUCCUCGUUCGAAGAGUCGUCUCUGUUCGAGAAGGAGCUGGAGAAGUUUGACAAGCUGCGAUUCGGUCAGCUCCGGAAGAAGAUCUGGAUUCGCACGGAAAACCCAGCCUACUGCCUGUCGGCCAAGCUCAUCGCCAUCUCCUCCCUGAGCGUGGUGCUGGCCUCCAUCGUGGCCAUGUGCGUCCACAGCAUGUCGGAGUUCCAGAACGAGGACGGGGAGGUGGACGACCCCGUGCUGGAAGGCGUCGAGAUCGCGUGCAUCGCGUGGUUCACCCUCGAGCUGGCCGUCCGGCUGGUUGCUGCUCCCUGUCAAAAGAAAUUCUGGAAAAACCCCCUGAACAUAAUCGACUUCAUCUCCAUUAUUCCCUUUUAUGCCACGUUGGCUGUAGACACCAAGAAGGAAGAGAGUGAGGACAUUGAAAACAUGGGCAAGGUGGUCCAGAUCCUCAGGCUCAUGAGGAUUUUCCGCAUCCUCAAGCUGGCCCGGCACUCGGUAGGACUCCGGUCUCUCGGUGCCACACUGAGGCAUAGCUACCACGAAGUUGGGCUGCUACUUCUCUUCCUAUCGGUGGGCAUUUCCAUCUUUUCCGUGCUUAUCUACUCUGUGGAGAAAGAUGACCACAUGUCCAGCCUCACCAGCAUCCCUGUCUGCUGGUGGUGGGCCACCAUCAGCAUGACGACCGUGGGCUACGGAGACACCCACCCAGUCACCUUGGCUGGGAAGCUUAUCGCCAGCACGUGCAUCAUCUGUGGCAUCUUGGUGGUGGCCCUUCCCAUCACCAUUAUCUUCAACAAGUUUUCCAAGUACUACCAGAAGCAAAAGGACAUUGAAGUGGACCAGUGUAGUGAGGACCCACCAGAGAAGUGUCACGAGCUCCCUUACUUUAACAUUAGGGACAUUUAUGCGCAGCGGAUGCAUGCCUUCCUCACCAGUCUCUCUUCUGUGGGCAUCGUGGUGAGUGACCCCGAAGCCACAGACGCCUCGAGCAUUGACGAGAACGAGGAUGUUUAUAACACGGCCUCCUUGGAGAAUUGCACGGCGAAAUGAGCAGGGGCGUUCGUGCCUGUGCCUCGUGUCCCUUUUACCGACGUUAGGUUAGCACAGCUUUAUAAACCUCAGUGGGUUUGUUAAAAUCAUUUAAUUCUCAGGGUGUACUUUUCAGCCAUAGUUGGACAUUUCACUGCUCUGAAAUGAUAGAAACGUCUUUAUUUUUUUCAGAGAGGCGGAUUAAAUGCCUUGCUCUGAAAUUUAUUCUUUAUAAGAGAGAGUUGUGAUAUGGUUUUUGAAAAACAAAAGGUAGAUGGUAUUGGGUGGGAUCUCUUGCUACGGCUUACGUAUCGUUCUGUGUUUAUCAUUUACUCACAUUGAGCUAACUGUCAAUUACUGACAAGUAGAAUCAAAGGCCCAGCUGACUGAAGAUUACAAGCAUGUAAGAUCCGCAAAAUGAGACAAUGCAUGUCCAUCCAUGUUCACGUUCUAAACAUGGACAUUAGGAGCCUAAUAAACUGCCUAC